CUGCUGUUCAAUAAUCAUGGACUGAAAGGUCCCUGCAGGAGGAGCCCGCGCUCGGACGAACUUCAAGAGAAUGGCAAAUAUUUGCUACUUCUCUCACAACCGAAAGUCUGUAGCUAAUCAGGGGCAAAAAUUUCCGUCAUCAGGGAACAGAAUUGUGUAUAAGAUGCGCGGCAUCUCCAACCAUUGACCCGCCGACCAAGACCACAAUCUUUUGGAGAGCCCUGAAGCUUCAAAACACAACAAUCAAUCAACGUCAUGGGCUUCACCUAUUUCCUCGUUGCAGUCUUCGUGAUUCAUGGGUUGACAGCCAUUUCUGCUUCUGUGAGUUGCGGUUACGACGCAGAAGCCAUUGCCCUCACAAAGGAUGCCGAAGUUCAAUAUCCCACCAACGAUCCCAUGGCCGACAAGUCCAACUUUGUGGAAAAGAAAACAAUCUUGCUUCAGCAGAAUAGAUGCACUGUGCUAUUCGCAGACUACUCCAUGGUGGAAAGAGCCAGCGGCAACCCUCGUUACUUGAAACAACUACCAUGUAGCGAAGUUCAUGAGAUGUCACUCCAUUGUUUUCCAGUUCUCGUCAAUCACAAGACGAAUAUUCUAGUCUCGGAGUUCCCGGAGGCCCUCGUUAAACUCAAAGCCGGGAAUCUUUCCGCUUUCCUCUUUUGCGGACAGAAUAGGAGACCCCCUCAAGAGACAGGUGAAUACUUCUUACCUCGCUCUCCAGUUAUGGCAUUUGCAGCGCUCCAGUAUGGCGAAGUGACUCAAGGGAAAGGAUUCUUUGUUACGUGCUGGUACCAUUCGCAGUCACUCAAGCAGAAUAACAUUUGGUUCGGCACUGAUAAAGUGGAAGCGACUUGUAAGAAGAGGCCUUGUGCUUGAAACGUUUACAUAUACCCACUUGUGAGACCUGUCGCUCGUGAAUAGUCCGAAGGGCUUCUUUACAC